AGCAGAGUUAAUUGAAUAACAAAGAAGUAUAUCGAAUGAACGCCAAAAAUAAACGAUAACAAAAUGCAAAACAUGUAAGCUUCUGUGUAAAAAAAGGUGUGAAUAAUCGAAUAAGCAAACCAAACAAAGAAGAAAGCGUUAUAAUAAGAAGAAUAGAAAGAGACUUCAAGUAUCGUCGAAGCAGUGAGAAUGCGAGAGAUAGUAACACAGAUGAAGCACGAUACAACAGCAAAGCGAAAAAGACAUUCAGCCAAAGGCGACGUUAAAAUGUGGGUCAAUUGCGUACUUGACAUUUUUUUUGUUUUAAUAUCACUAUCGAAGUGUAAUUUUUGGCAGCUCGUUUCGUGUGAAGUAAAAGUAUGUGAUGGGACAGUACAAUCGUGUAAAAUGCUCUUCCGUUUCCCAGUCGGUGAUCCUUACGCUUUGGUCAGCACAAAAUAAGGUCACAACGUACCGAAAACGAAAACAAACGUUAACCGAAGAAAUACCUGUUUUCUUCGGCGCGGAUCGUGGCGCAAAGUGCUGAAGGGCACGCCAGAGAAAGCAGCAAUAUGAAGCGAAAGAAGUCGCGGAUGCGUGCUCCAUCCAGGAUUAUGGGGAAGAACGGGUCUCGGCUGUGGCCUUCGGUGUUAGUCGGUGUCGAUCGUUGCGUGCGUUAGGAUGGCCGUGAAUGUACGAUGGUUGAUGGGUUCGGUGCUGCUGGUGUUAUGGGCUGGUUGUCUCGUGCAGCACGGUAGUGGCCAGCUGGGUUCUGCUGGCGGUGGUUCGUGGUUGGACAAGUUUAACAAACUGCUCAGCAGAUCAAAGACACGUAACGCAACGGAAGACAACGAAGUGCUCGAUUCGGAGGAGUAUGAUUUCAUCGUGGUUGGUGGUGGAACGGCCGGAAUGGUGGUUGCCACCCGGCUGUCGGAGAACCGGAACAGGAAGGUGUUGCUACUGGAGGCCGGCCAGUAUGGUACGAAGCUGUUUAACAUCCCGAUCGGGUUCCAGCUGGCCGUAUUGUCCGAUGCCUAUAACUGGAAGUUCUUGAGCGAACCGCAGCAGAACGCUUGCUGGGGAACGAUCGACGGUCGUUGUCCGGUAGACAUUGGCAAGGGUGUCGGUGGCAGCACGUUAAUCAACGGACUCAUCUUUUCCCGUGGCAAUCGCGAUGACUACGAUCGUUGGGCAGCCGCCGGAAACGACGGAUGGUCGUACGAUGAGGUGCUGCCAUAUUUCCGUAAGUUUGAAAAAUCCAUCGGUGAAAAGGUGGACGGUAAGUUUCGUGCCGCAGGUGGUCCACUGCGCGUAGAAAGAUCCACCUAUCGAUCGGAACAUGCGCGCAUCUACCUGGAGGCAGCGAAAGAGGCCGGAUAUCAGCUGGUGGACUACAACGGUCGAACCCAGUUUGGAAUAUCGCCCGUACAGGCAACGAUGACGAAGGGACAGCGACUAUCAGCCUACAAUGCUUAUCUGCAGCCUGUCCAGAAGAAACGUACGAACCUAAAAACACUGACCGGUGCAUUGGUCACGAAGAUUUUGAUCGAUCCAACUACGAAAGUGACCCAAGGUGUUCGAUUCACUAGAAACGGUCAACAGUUUGAGGUUCGUGCCCGUAAAGAAGUGAUCCUUUCCAGUGGGGCCAUACUUACUCCUCAGCUGUUGAUGCUGUCUGGUGUGGGACCACGAGAGCAUCUGGAAUCGGUCGGCAUACCGGUGAUCGAAGAUCUUCCCGUUGGUGAAACGCUGUACGAUCAUCUCGGCUUUUCCGGGCUACAGAUCGUGAUGAAUGGUACCGGGUUUUUCGCACCCGGCGACAUACCAACGUUCGAGAAUUUCUACGAGUAUCUCAAGGGCAAGGGCGUACUUACGGUGCCGGCUGCAGUCGAACUCGUCACCUAUCCAAAUCUAACCCUCGCCGGACGUCGUGGACCAACGCUUGAGCUGACGAAUCUGAUCAGUUCGUUUGCAGUGGACAAGGGUACCACGGCGAAGAACAGUGUGCGGAUGCGAGACGACAUCUACGAAGCUGUUUAUCGACCGCUCGAGACCCAGAACCACUUCACGAUCAUUGUGCAGAACCUACACCCACUGUCCAGGGGCACGGUGCGUCUGCGUAGUGCCAAACCUUCCGAUGCACCCGUCGUCGAUCCGAACUAUCUGUCCGAGGAGCUGGACGUGGAUGUGGUGCUCGAAGGCAUACGUGAGGUGCAGCGCGUGCUUGAGACGGAGGAGAUGCGGCGCUACGGGGCGACCGUGUGGGCUGCACCACUCCCUAACUGUGUGCAGCACGAGCGAGAUUCCGACGACUACUGGCGUUGUGCCGUGCGUACCGUGUCGUUCUCGCUGACCCACUUCACGUCCAGCUGCAAAAUGGGGCCACCGACGGACGAUGAUGCGGUCGUUGGCCCCGACCUGCGGGUGUACGGUGUGGAGAAUUUGCGCGUUGUCGACGCGAGUAUCAUCCCGGAACCGGUUUCCGCGCAUCCGAUGGCAGCCGUCUAUAUGGUUGCGGAAAAGGCAGCCAAUCUGAUCGCACACCAGCACGCUGACGAUUGAUCUUUCGGGCGCUCGACGUGCCGAAGGUAGCGGAUGAAUGGAUUGGGAAGACUUUCACAGCGGUUUCGCGACUCGGCGAUGGCCGUGUCGUAAUGAGCGAGAGCGAUGAGUUCGACCGGAUGCUGGUCGAUUAUCACAUCGAUCGGCUGGAUGGUGGCGGCGUUCAGGAAGGAUGCUGCGGUUUAUUAGGUUAGGGCGAAACACAUCGAUCGAUAAUAAAUUAACAUUAAUUUAUACAAACUUGUGUAAUGGGCGCCGUUCCAGAUGGACAUUUUGCUUUACGGGAAGAUUGUGUGGAACCACAUCUGGAACAAAGAUCGUUGUUAAGAUUGUUUUAAUGGAGCGAAGUCUAUAUUUGGAAAAGUCCAACCUUGUUCUGAUGAUUGUUAGGCGAUGAGUUAAAUUAUUUAUUUAAGCUUUCUUGU